AUGACAGUUUCUAAUGCAAAUAAGGAACAGACGACAAGUGAUAGAUCAGCGGGGAAUUCGCCUUACAUAGAUGAUCUUUAUCUAGACGACCAGGAAGCCUUGGAAGGUUCCGGUCGAGGGGGUGGUGAAGUUCGCGACGAUCUUGAGGCAUCAGGAAGUGGCCUUGGGCCUGACGACGAAGAUGGUGACGACGGUGGUCACGAUUUUAAUCAACAUAAUACACUAGAGACGACACCUAAAAAAGUACCAGAACCUAGUGUACCACACAUUGAUGAAAACAUAUCUCCUAAGACAAAGCAGAAUAUUCCGGAUACUGUGCCUAAAACGGACAACGCAGUUGAUAAUUUCGACUCGCCACCUGACAUUGACGAAGACAUGGAAGACUCACAUGACAUCGGUGUUCAUAUGAACCCUAAAACAGUGGACCGAGCCAGUUCCUUCUUCACGCAACCAGGAGUACUCGCUGCCGUAAUUGGUGGCGCAGUUGUUGGACUACUGUGCGCAAUUUUGGUGGUGAUGUUCAUCGUGUACAGGAUGCGCAAGAAGGACGAGGGCUCAUAUGCUUUGGACGAACCGAGGAGAUCACCGGCAACGCAAUCAUAUCCAAAACCUGGGGCACCACACCACAAUCGAGAAUUUUACGCUUGAGGCUCUUUAGCUCAGGCCACCGGCAAGUCCUUGCGCCCCACGAAAUCACCUCAAGACCGACACUGAUCGACCAAAUCGAUUUAAAAAAAAAAAAUAAUAAUAAUACGUGGAUCGCAGCUGGAGAACACUAUUUGAUCAGCAAGUGAGCAAAAGUCCUGUGAGCCAUCAAUAGCCUGCAGGAAAGGACGAGCGUCACGCAAUCUUUUGUCAAAAGCACUCUCUUUCUCUCUCUCCCUCUCUUGCGCUCAAUCACUAUCAAUUUGUAAUUCUCUCUUUUCAACCGAAUGAUCGAAUAUUAGGCCUCGAAUCUUUUAAUUCGUCAGCCAAUAAUCUUUCAUAUUUCUUCCUCAAGUUCCGCCAGUGUGAUUUCAGUGUCCUUGUAAAUGGAAGUCGAACUUUUAAAUUCGACGACCGCUGGACACGGUCAGAUUUCAUUAUAUUUUCAUUUUUCGAUAAAACAAAAAAAAAACCGAAGAAUUUUUAGAGUGCAAAAUAUUUGACGCUCGUUCAAAUCAGGCAUUGUCAACAAUUUAUUGACAAAGAUGAACAAAUUUCAGAUGCAUUUAUGUAGAGUGUCCUCAUAAACACACACACACACACGUCUGUGUAUAGAAUCGAAGAACUUUGGUAUAUAUAUAUAUCGUGGUCGAUUUAUGUUGGCCAUCUUGUUCGGUAGAAGAAGGGACGAUUCACGGAUCCUUCAUUGAUUCGUUUCACAUUUUUUUUACAAUACAUGACUCUCUCCUCUCUAUUCAUCGAAGCCGAGUGUGAAAUGCUUCGUCGAUUCUUUGGAACGUUACGACGAAACUCGAAAACAAACAAAAAAAAGUAAAUAACCUGUAUACUUUUUUUAAAAAACUCCAUUUCUAAAUAUUAAAAAGAAAAUCAAAAUUUUCUAUAAUAAUUGAGAUUAUUAAUUGGAAAAGAAGGAAAAACAAUUUUAUAAAUGAAAUAAAGUAUCAGGUGGAUUAGCGAUCUCUCGUUUUUUUUUUGGCAAAAGAAGAAGAAGAUCGGAAAGAUUGUUGAUAAAUCGAGGCGUCGUUCCCAAUCUAGUUGUUGUUGUUGCUUCUUGAGAGAUAGAUAUUUAUCUCGUGUUUUUUUAUACAUUGCAGACUCGUCGUCGAUUCGUCUUGUAAAUAUAGGGCGGUGAAUCGAUUGUUUCUUUUUUUUCCUUUUUUUGUCACGAAUCGACCAAGUAUAUACAUUUGGAGGUGUACAAUAUUUUCGAAAAGCAACUCGGCAACGAGGUGAAAUAUAAAAGAAUAGAGAAGAAUCAAAGAGUCUCUGUGUGAAUGGAAAGAAAAAAAAAAGAAAAAGUCUUUUUCGUAUAUGACAAAUCGAAUUCGUCCCUCCUUCUACCUCGAUGUGAAAUCGCGUAAUGCAAUUGCGUCUAGUGGCAGUAAUAUUUAAAUUAAGAGACACGUUUCGGGGGAGAUUUGAGAUUAAACUAUAUAUAUAUUGCGUUGAAAUUGCUGUAGAUUUGGGGCGAAAGGAAGCUACAUUGUUAUGCCCCGAAAUAACGCACACGGGUCUUGACUGACUGACAUGAGUUUGCCAUAUAUAUUAUUAUUUAAAGGAACAAAAGUUAUAUCCAUUCCGUGAUUCUGUCUCGUCCGGUAUAUUUAUUAUUAUUAUUUUUGGAUCGCGGAGUGCUAUUAUUUAUUACUGACUCGGUCGAUUUUGUGUCGUUAUUUUACACCGACUGCUUCUUAUUCUUAUUCUUCAUCUUCUCCCACCCAAAAAAAUAUUCUUGUCCUUCCUUCCGCUAGACGUCAUACUAUUUUUCUAAACUCUCCGAAUCUACAGAGAAAGGCAACUGAAAACCCAAGUCUUAUUAUUAUUAAUAAUAUUAUUUAUAAUGUUGAUCCCUCUGCGUGAAACGCGGAGUUUUUCUUUAUUUGGACGCAGAAACACUGCGAAUGCGAUAGAACGACACGUUGAAAAAAAAAGAUAUCAAGCCGAUACUGCCAUGUAUACUAACCGUAAGGAACAACAAUUUGGUAUGAACAUUUCACGAGUCCGCCUUAUUCGCUAAUUGUGAACAUGAAUAUACGAACAACCUUUUCAUCUCUAUCAUUAUAUUGUCAUUUAAAACACUCUUAUCAUAUUAGUGUAUCAUGAUCAUCAAUCUCAUCAUCAAUCACUAUUGUCGUCGUCUUUGUCGUACGUUGUAAAAAAAAACACUUUUUGUUACACAUAUUUUGUUAAUUUUUUUUUUUUUUUAUAAAAUCGACUCUUUCUAUUCUUUUUUUUUAAAAAAAAGUUCGAAUUUUGACUGAAAAGGAGCGGAAUUAAUUCUAACAGAAAAUGUUUGAAUGUUGUUUUUUUUCUGUUUAAACAUUCCAUUUCUUUUUCGUUUAAAAUAAUCUCUGAAAAAUUAUUUCAAAAUCGAGUUUUGUAAAUCAUUUUGAAAAUAUAAUUUAACAAGUAAUUUAGAAAAAAAGGAAAAUUAUUUUCCAUUUUGUUAUAAUGAUAAACCCUCUUUCUUCUAUACGAUAAAAAAGAGAGGGGAAAUUAUUGCAAACAUGGAUUUCAGAAAAAAAAAAAUUAGUAUCAAAUUUUAGAAUGAUUCGUUGUUUCAACAAAAUAUUCUCUGAAAAAAAAGAAUUUAAAAACAAUUAGAAAAUUGAAAAUCACUGAUUUUAUUGAGCAGCUUCUUUGCUUAGCAAAAUAAAUGUUUAAAACUUAUUAAAAUAUUCUGAGAUUAUUUUUACUUUCAUAUGUAUACAAUAAUAGCUUUUUAAGGAAUUGCAAUAAAAAUCAAUAUUGUAAUACAGUAUAUGAAAAAAUGCGUAACUGAAAAAAAAGCAUAUCGUGAAAAAUUGUUGGAAAAAUUUGAAUCUCAAAAAAAAAAAGAAUUUGCAUUAUUAAUAUUUAAAUUGAAAUAUUUGUGAAAAAAUCAUCUUAUCAGUUUUUUGACAUUCCUGCCAAAAAAAAAAAAAAUAAAAAUCGUCGUAUCUUUACAUAAAUCCGGAAUUGAAUAUAGAAGAAGAACGCCAUAUUAUUGGUUAACUUCCGUUGGGUCCAUGAUGAAUUUUUGUACAAAGUAUUUUAAAUUCAACAAUAAUUCGUAGUCUCUUUCACUAUAUACUUACAUUUGCAAAAAACAAUUACAUGUAAUUGCUGUUGCCUGUGGUUUUUAAAAAAGGCCAGAUUUUCUUACUUAAGAAAUUAACUGGACAUGAUUUUUAAGUAAAAUGCAUUUUUAUACCAGUGUAAGCAAGAAAUGACACACUCGCUUUUAAUCACAUAGAGUGAAUAUGCGCUUUAACUUAUUUAUAAAAAAAAUGGAAAUCGUAAAAACGAAAACACGACAAAAAAUAAGGAAAAAUUAUAUACGACGUGAGAAGAAAAAAAAUGAAGUAAAUGCAAAUAUUUCUUUCUUCAUAAAUUUGUUAAGUGAAUAUUAUAAUAAUAUCAAUUAGAAUUAUUUAGCGAAGAUAAUGAAUUUUCAAUUGACGAUUGUUAUAUUACAUUCGAUCAGAUAUUAAUUAUGUAAUUUAUUGAAUUCUAUUUUUCUUUUAAAGCUCCUCGUUGUCUUUUCUUUCUUCGAAAUAAAAUUUUUCACAUUUUUUUUUAAAUGUACUAUUAAAUAAUUGUAUAAUAGAUUACAAUAAUUAUUUUAAAUACUGUAACUGUAUUAAUUUACUUUUUAACAUUGUUUUUUUCUAAUAGAAAAAAAAGAUUCUAUUCUAUAAUGUUGAAUUAGUUACUUCAAAGAAAGCGAAAAGAUAACGAUUUUUUAUUCUUUUUUUUUAAAUGUCAAAAAAAAUCGUCGCAUAAGGAUGUAAAAUUCUGUUUUUUUAAUAUUUUAUUUAUUGUCAUUGAUGAAUUGUAAUUUUUUGUAUUUGGUACGAAUUUAAGGUGUGAUUCUCGCUUUCGUUAGAAAAGCUCAAUAAAAAAAAAUAAUAAUGAAAUGACAAAAUGAGAUCUACAUGUUAUCUUUUCAGUUAAGAAGAGAUAACAUUUGUAUGUAUGCGUGUGUGUCUGUUAGUGUAUGUGAAUUUUGUCAAGAAAUUUAAUUGAAAAGACGCUCCAUCUAUGUUUUAAGGGGAAAAAAUAUUAAUCAUGGUAGUAAUUGUAAACUAUAAUAAUUAUUAUUAUUAUUAUUAUUAUUAUUAUUAUUAUUAUUAUUAUUAUUAUAUUGAGGAUGAGAAUUUUUAAAAUCUUGUGGAGAUGAAUUUAAAAAAGGCGCCAAAAUAAUAAUAAUAAAAAAAGCAGUCAUGACGGUGAGAUGUGUCUAUCAAUCGCGAACAGUGUUGUUGUGUAGGCCAAGCGUGGACGAAUGAAUAAAUAUGAAUCAUUUUAAUGCGAGUACGAUUAAUAAUUUAAUGAUAAAAAUAACGAUUAACAAUUGUUACUUUUUUAAGUGUAAGUAUCGUUUUUUCUAGCGUCUACUUGUAUACUGCAAUUAUACAUAAAUGUGUUCAUAUUUAUAUACAAUCCAUCUUGAUAGAUACACAAUUCUAAAAAGAAAUGUAUAUAUUUAUAAUACAUUUAUGUGUAUGUAAUUUAUUCGACCACGAAUACGUCGAGGCGACCUCACCUUGGAAUCUCAAGUCUUUUCGAUAAGAGAAGGAGAAAAAUAUUGAUAUAUUAUGUACAAUUUUCAAUGAACAAACAAAAAAUCGAGAUAAAACUGAUAAGAAAAAUAACAAUAAUUGCCUCGUCGCUCUCGCGGACGCGUACAGUAAAUGACACGUUAUUAUUAAUUAACAGAAAUUAAUAAUAAUUGCACUACAAUUAGUAUGGUAACGAUUAAUAUUGAAUGUCGUCGCUCCUAUUCUGUAAAUAAACACUGUACCGAAUAAGACAGACGUAUUUGAAUAAUUCUUAUCAAAUUUU